CCGCAGUAUAACUUUCAUAGAAACUGAACUUGGUAAUUACAAUCCGGCUUAACUGCAGUCUAGGGGGAACCAUAUCCGGGUGACCUCUUUAACUUGAAUACAACCAGUUUACUUGAUUUGUUAGUUUGUUAGUUAGACUUGCAUUCCAGUUUCAUUGCUAGAUAACAAGAAUUCACUGAGUAGUCAUCAGAUCUAGGACACGGGUUGAUAAUUAAACCCAAACCUGCUAUACUACGCUUUAGGAAGUGGUUUCACUUGGCCAAAUCCUGGAGUGACAGUAGAGUCGAGUCACUACUAUAAGUAUUGGUUUGGAGGAAUAAGAGAAGUACAAGAAGAAAACCCCUAAACUCCAGUCUACUUUUACUUUGUUGCGAAUUACGCGAUGGACGAACCGAUCGUCCAUCAAUUGAUAUCAGAGCCUGGUUCGACGGAACCGAGCUCCUACCAGCUCCCAGGGACACGCAGCGAAGCGGAUUCCGAGGAGACGAACAACGAUGGCAGCCCGCACAUUGGCUCCGGCGAGCAAGAGGAAUCGCAGGACCCGGAUCCCGAUCCGACGGACGGCGAGGUCUCCCUGUUCGCACUUACCGGUGUCUCUCACCCAGCAACCUUACGAUUUUCCGUUCAGCUGCAACAGGAGACGAUGGUGGCGCUAGUCGACAGCGGAUCAUCGCAUAAUUUCGUCAACCGCGACACGGCCAAGGAAUUGCUGCUGACUCCUACUCCCAUACCUCCGUUUUCAGUCAAGGUCGCGAAUGGCGAUGUGUUGUGCUGCGAGCACUGCUAUGAGGAUGUCGAGCUGCGCAUACAAGGAGAGCUGAUGCGCGUGGACUUGUAUGAGUUGCCCAUCAAAGGUCUCGACGUGGUGCUGGGCAUUCACUGGUUACGACAGCUAGGGCCGGUCACCAUCGACUGGAACCGUUUGACGCUCAAGUUCAUGGACGACAAUGACCGCUGGGUUGAACUUCAGGGGAUCCGGAAGACCAUCGUGAAGGACGACCACCUCCAUCAGCUGCGACGACGAGAGGUAGCAUUCUGGCCUCUCUGCGUUCCCGACCAAGGGGUGGCAUCAACGGAAUCUCCGGCCGAAUUGCAAGAGCUUCUAGGGAGGUACGCCGAUUUAUUCGAAAGCCCGACGCAAUUACCUCCCCAUCGAAUUGCUGACCAUCGCAUUCCACUGAAAGAAGGGACGGACGAAAUCAACAUGCGGCCAUACCGCUACGCCCACUACCAGAAGGAGGAAAUAGAACGUCAAGUGGGAGACAUGCUGCGGACCGGGCUUAUUCAGCCGAGUUCGAGCCCCAUCUCAUCACCCGUCCUUCUCGUCAAGAAAAAGGAUGGUACUUGGCGGUUUUGCACUGAUUUUCGAGCUCUAAACCAAGCCACCAUCAAGGACCGGUUUCCCAUUCCUACGGUAGACGACAUGCUGGACGAGCUCCACGACGCAAGGUACUUAACGAAGCUUGAUUUACGUGCGGGAUACCAUCAGAUACGUAUGAGUAAGGAGGACAUUCCUAAGACGGCUUUCCAAACCCACAGCGGCCAUUAUGAGUAUGUAGUCAUGCCCUUUGGAUUGUGCAAUGCUCCGGCAACCUUCCAAGCUGCUAUGAACGACAUCUUUCGACAUCUCCUACGUAAGUCGGUCCUGGUUUUUUUUUACGAUAUCUUAAUUUAUAGCCGAGAUUGGGAAACUCACUUGCAGCACCUUCAAGAGGUUUUCGGCAUCUUGCGAAGCCACCAGUACUACCUCAACCACGCCAAAUGCGUGUUCGGUCGUCAGAGAGUCGAGUACUUGGGUCACAUCAUCACGCCCGAGCGAGUGCAGGUGGAUAAUUCAAAAAUUCAGGCUAUGGUUGACGGGCCGAGCCCACGUAACGUCUCGGAGCUACGGGGGUUUUUGGGGCUGACUGGAUACUACCGCAAAUUCGUCCAAAAUUACAGCUCGAUUGCUCGACCAUCGACUCUGCUGCUGAAGAAAGGGGGCUUCGACUGGACAGAAGCAGCCGAGCAGGCUUUCAUCCGCCUGAAACGCGCCAUGACUUCGACACCCACGCUCGCAAUGCCUGAUUUCACAAAACCCUUUACCAUUGAAGCUGACGCGUCAAGAUAGGGCAUUGGUGCGGUUCUCUCUCAAAGCGCGCUUCCGGUUGCUUACACGAAUCGCACCUU